GGUCAUAUGAUGGGUCUGUCUCCCUGGUGGAGCGCUUUUCCGAGUUUUCCAUAUAACCGCUGCUUCCUCCCCAUUCGUCUCUAACUAUCUUCUUGGUUAUCUCCACCACAGUUCACCUCUGCCACUUGUGUCUCAGUGUCUUCCCCAACCUCUCCUCAUCAGCGACCACAUUUAGGGUGAUGACGUCCUACAAACCACAAACAAAUCUGUGGCUCGAACGAUCUCGCCUCAAUGGAAUGGUGUUAGGGGGUGUAUCCUACGGCGUAUUCUUUCUCCUUACAGUACAGUCCUGGAUUGCUCUCAUGCAGCAGCCUCAAUAUGGGGGAACAAUUCCAAGUCAUCGUCGCGUGCUUCUUUUCUACGUCUUUAUCACGUUCGUAUGUGGGACAAUAAGUUUUGCUGCGAACGCAAGAUACACGGAGAUGAUUUGGAUAGAUCUUCGUAAUGCGCCUGGUGGUCCACUCGCGCUAAUCGAGAACGAAAUGAACAAUCGUCUAAAUAUUCUGGCGCUUUCCUCUGGUCACAUCCAGGAGUGGUUUAUGCAAGCUCUGCUGCUUUACCGAUGUUUCGUGAUAUGGAAUUGGGCAAGAUGGGUGAUGAUGCCGAUGAUCACACUUUAUGUUGCCAUGAUCGGUGAAGUUCUUCAUUUAUCAAGCGACAGAGUAACUGACAUCUUGAGCAGCAUUGUCUGUUAUCGUCCAGGUGGAGGCGAGCGCCGGUACCGUAUUUUAUAAUAUUAACAUCGAGCUUGCCUACCUCUGCAUCCAAGUGGGGCUCACCGUGAUUUAUACCAUUCUCGU